AUGCAGCUAGAUACAGGGGCAAAUGUUACUAUCUUGCGGGAGUAUAUAGCUAAGACAAUUCCUGGUAUUAAGAUGCAGCCAGCAGAUAAAGGACUGCAGACAUAUGGGUCACAUGGGUUGACUGCAAAGGGUACAGUAGCAAAUAGCCAAGCCUCAUUAGUACUGCAACCCGAGGCAGCUCCGAAGUUCAUGUCUCCCAGGAAAAUUCCGUUUGCAUUGAAGCCUGCUGUAGAACAAGAAAUUCGCAGAUUGGAGGCUGAAGGAACCUGGGAGAAGGUUGCACAACACCCGCUUCCAAAUAUUCAGGAUAUGUUAGCUGCUAUAGGCGAUUGCAGAGUAUUUUCAAAGAUUGAUUUAAAAUCUGCAUUUUUACAAUUAAUGAUGGACGAUAAGUCACAAGAGAUUUGUACACUGAGCACUCAUUUAGGGUUGUUCAGGCCAAAAAGACUGCCUUUUGGAAUAGCAUCAAGUCCAGCUAUAUGGCAGCAAACCAUGGACAAGAUAUUCCAUGCCUUACCCAGAAAUCUAGCCACUAUUGCUAGCCCAUUGUAUAAUUUGACCGCAAAAGAAGUUCCAUGGAACUGGUCAAUAAAAUAUCAAGAAGCUUUUGACAAGAUUAAGACUGAAAUAACCAAAGAAACAUUUCUGGUACAUUACAAUAAAGAUUUGCCUGUAAAACUAGUGUGUGAUGCAUCGCAAGUAGGGUUAGGUGCAGUAUUAGCUCACGAUAUGGAAGAUGGUACUGAAAGACCCAUUGCUUUUGCAUCAAGAGUACUGAAUAAGGCAGAACAGAGAUAUUCUCAGAUAGAGAAAGAAGGAUUAGCUUUGGUUUAUGGUGUUAAAAAGUUCCACAUGUACCUCUGUGGCAGAAAGACCUUUUCAUUACCGCUAUUAGCUAUUUUGGGACCAAAGCCGCUAUUAGCUAUUUUGGGACCAAAGCCGCUAUUAGCUAUUUUGGGACCAAAGCCGCUAUUAGCUAUUUUGGGACCAAAGCCGCUAUUAGCUAUUUUGGGACCAAAGAAGAGUCUGCCGGAAUUAGUAGCAGCUCGUUUACACAGAUCGUCAAUAACCCUAGCUGCCUAUAACUAUGACAUAGAGUAUAGGUCAACAGCCAAGAUGGGGAAUGCAGAUGCUCUGUCGAGACUGCCAGUCGAUCAGGCUUCCAGUGAGGAAUCAUCGAGCAUUUUGUUAGUAGACGCAUGCGAGUUGCCGGUUACAUUGAAGCAAAUUGCAAGUCAGACUAAGAGUGAUCCCAUAUUAUCUAGGGUUUUACAGUGUUUGUCACUAAAUAAGAAGGAUGUAUUGUCGGAGCAGCGAUACAAGCCAUUUACAGAGUUGUCGGUUGUACAGGAUUGUAUAUUGAGAAAUACCAGGGUAAUAAUUCCGGACCGUUUGAAAGGUAGAGUUCUUGCGGAGUUACAUGCCGAACACCAAGGUAUUGUACGCACAAAAGCAAUUGCUCGUACUUUUGUGUGGUGGCCUGGUAUUGACAAUGACAUUACGACUUAUGUAAGACAUUGUGAGGGAUGUGCAUUCCAGCAGAACAAUCCAGCUCCAUGUAAGACACACCCUUGGGAGACACCUAGUACUCCAUGGCAGAGAGUACACAUUGACUUUGCAGGUCCAUUUCGAGGUCACACUUUCUUGAUUGUGGUUGACUCAUUUAGUAAGUGGCCUGAAGUUAUACAAAUGACCUCUACAACUGCAUAUAGCACCGUGUGA